GACGUCAUGACGCAGCCGGAGGGCGGGGCUUAGCGGUCCAGUGUGUGGGAAGUGGAUAGAUAGAGGCCCUGGAGGCUGCUGUCAGUGUCAGGCCGCGCCGUGUGUCUUCUUCUCCCGCCUGUGACGCCGCCGCCUUCACCGUCAGCCAUGUGUGACAAAGAACUGAUGUGGGCGCUGAAGAACGGAGACCUGGACGCGGUGAAGGAGUUCAUUGCCGGGGGUGUGGAUGUCAACCGGAUGCUGGAGGGUGGACGAAAGCCUCUACAUUAUGCAGCCGACUGUGGACAAGACGAAAUCUUGGAAUAUCUCUUGGCAAAAGGAGCCGAUAUAAAUGCUGCAGAUAAACACGGCAUCACCCCUCUUCUGUCCGCCUGCUAUGAAGGUCACUUAAAAACAGUCAAGCUGCUUCUGGAGAGGGGAGCUGACAAGAACGUAAAAGGACCCGACGGACUGAGUGCCUUGGAAUCCACAGACAACCAGUCUAUUAAAGAACUGCUUCAUUGAUGGGACUGGAGCUUGUCUGCGACAUUUGCCUCUCACUUCUGUCUUAUUUUUCUGUUCUCUUAUUUUAUUUUUUUUUAUUUUUUUUCUUCUGCCAAUUAAUUCAACCAUCUGAGGACACAAAUUAAUGACCGAGAGCAGCAGUCGCACAAUGCUUAGCUUUUCGAAGAUUGGCGAAUGUACCACUGUCGCAAGCGGUGUUGGGCGUUUGGGCACAGCCCCAUCAUGGCAGUCACCUGUGGUUAAAUAUAGUACAAUUAAAAAUUGCACAUCCAAAUGGAUUGUGUGCACUGGGCCCAUGAGGUUAUGGGCUUUGAACCAUGUUCUAUAAUGUUUAAUAAAAAUUUUCAUCCGG